AUGGGUAGGUGUUGGUUUGGUGGGGUUUUGAUUGGGUUAGGGUGUGUGUGGUGGGUGGUGGUUGGUGUGGUGGAGGGAUACCCAGCUGAGGAUCUGGUGGUGAGGUUGCCUGGGCAGCCAAAUGUUGGGUUCAAGCAGUAUGCUGGGUAUGUUGAUGUGGAUGUGAAAGCUGGGAGGAGCUUGUUUUACUACUUCGUUGAAGCAGACAAGGAGCCUGACAAGAAGCCCCUCACUCUUUGGCUCAAUGGAGGUCCAGGCUGCUCCUCUAUUGGUGGAGGUGCCUUUACAGAGCUGGGUCCAUUUUAUCCUACAGGUGAUGGUAGAGGCCUCCGAAGAAAUUUAAUGUCAUGGAAUAGAGCAUCAAAUCUCCUCUUUGUUGAGUCUCCUGCUGGAGUAGGAUGGUCAUACUCGAAUACAAGUUCGGAUUAUAAUUCUGGCGAUGCGUCCACGGCAAGGGAUAUGCACACAUUCCUGUUGAAAUGGUAUGAGAAGUUUCCAGCUUUCAGAUCUCGGGAGUUGUUUCUUACCGGAGAAAGCUAUGCAGGGCACUACAUACCGCAAUUGGCUAUAGCUAUAUUGGACCAUAAUGAACAUUCAACUGGUUUCAAGUUCAAUCUGAAAGGGAUUGCUAUUGGCAAUCCACUGCUGAGACUUGAUCGUGAUAUUCCGGCAACGUAUGAAUACUUCUGGUCUCAUGGAAUGAUUUCUGAUGAAAUUGGCCUCAUUAUCAUGAACGAAUGUGAUUUUGAUGAUUAUGCAUUUGCAAAUCCUCACAAUAUAACCGUUAAGUGCACCACAGCAAUAUCUGAAGCAAAUCAAAUAGUUGGCGACUAUAUAAACAAUUACGACGUAAUCCUUGAUGUUUGUUAUCCGUCUAUAGUGCAGCAAGAGUUGAGACUACGGAAAAUGGCUACUAAGAUAAGUCUUGGAGUUGAUGUAUGUAUGAGCUCUGAAAGACGUUUUUAUUUUAACCUUCCUGAGGUUCAGAAAGCCCUUCAUGCAAAUCGUACAAACUUACCUUAUAGUUGGAGUAUGUGUAGUAAUGUUCUUAAUUACAGUGAUACUGAUGGUAACAUCAACAUUCUUCCCUUGCUCGCAAGGAUAGUUCAUAAUCGUAUACCAGUUUGGGUUUUCAGUGGCGAUCAAGAUUCUGUUGUACCAUUAUUGGGUUCCCGAACACUUAUCCGGGAACUAGCACAUGAUCUAAAGUUCCAGAUAACAGUCCCAUAUGGAGUUUGGUUUCACAAAGGCCAGGCGGGAGGUUGGGCUACAGAGUAUGGAGAUCUAUUGACUUUUGCCACAGUAAGGGGUGCUGCCCAUAUGGUUCCAUACGCUCAACCGUCAAGAGCAUUGCACCUGUUCAGUUCAUUCAUUCGUGGCCGGAGAUUGCCCAACACAACGCGUCCUUCCAUUUAA